AAACCAGAUAAUACUAAAAAUGCUUUUGAAAUUUCUAAUAUUCAAUAUGCUUAUAGAGAUCCUGGAACAAUUAGAUCAAUUCAAAAAUAUUCAUUCUUAGAUAUACCUGUUAAAAAACUUAUUGCUCAUAUUUUAGUGUAA